UUGGGGUUAGAUAGCGUAGUAACACGUUUUAUUGCAGCGCAGUAUGGGCAUUACGAGCUUAUACAUGAUAUAAAUUUUAUUACCGUAACAUUAAUAACGCCGAGAUUAUCGUGUAACUUCUCAACAAUUUUAAAGAUUGACAUCAUAUUUACACAAUAUAAUAGUUUUGUUUUAUCGAGACGACAGUACAUAAAUAUACUAGAUUCCAACUGGAGGCGCUUUACUCGAAUUAUAACAAAAAUCAAGCACAAGGAAAGGAGGUGUUCAAAAUAUUAUCGAAUUGCAUUAAUUUAUUAA